AUGAAGGAUACUCUUCGCAAGAAGCCCAAAGCUAGCUCUAGCGGCGAUGACCUCGACACCGCUGCUCAAUCAUCCGAAUCUGUCUCUCCUAAUCCCUGGGUCAACGAGGCGUUUCCUGCCGCCGACGGCGAACUUCUCUCUCCCCAGGCAUCCAAAGCCUCCAAGAGCUCUGACACCACCUCUCCUGACCAAAGUGUUAGCGUUAUCCCGCCAACCACAGACACAGAAGAAAGGUCCCAAUCACGUCCACCAGCUACUCAACAUCUGAACGUCCCCGAUGUGAGCAAUGGCACCGAGGAGCCGGUCAAGCCAACUCGUCGAAGAAAGACGAUUACCAAGACUCCUCAUACUUUUGAACUAGAAGUCGACCUCAAUCCCACCAAACAAACGGAACAACCACCGCUAUCAACCAUGGAGCCACCCAAGCAAGAGAUGCCUGGGCCCAAGAAGAAAAAACGUGUAUCUCAACCACCUCUACCCAAUGGCAACUCCACCGGUGCGGUCACCAUCAGUGCAGUGGCAUCAACUCAGCCAUCAACUCGGUCAAACUCUCCUGGGCCAGCUCCUACUAUUUCCGCCGUCGCCUCUCCAUCUACACCAGUUCAAUCGCCUCCACCUCCUUCUACCACCGUUCCUUCUCCAUUAUCACCCAAAACAGCCACGUCGGCUGGUACUCCCGUGAACCCCUUUACCACGCACCGGCCUAAGAAGUCCAUUUCUUCAUCUACCGCCCAAGCUGCUGCAUCUAAUCCAUGCCGCUUCACACCUCCACCUCUUCCAAAAGAGGCUUUUCAUGGCAAAGUUGUGGUCCUCACGAAUGGAGCCAGCCAGACUGGAAAGUCUCUGGUCCGCCAAUUUCACUCUGCAGGAUGCCGCGUCAUAUUUGGCGACACCAACAGCGACCAAGCCCGCAAACUGAUCUGCAGUCUGGGGCCUCCUCACAUUGUACACUUCAACAAAUGCGAUAUGACCAAGUAUUCUGACAUUUUGGAAUUGUUCAAACUCGCCAUCACCAUGUACGGCCGUGUGGACCAUGCCAUUUUCGGCGUCGGUGACGACGGGGGCCAAACAUGCACUGUUGGGGAGGGCGAGAAGGGUUGGUUCGAGGACCGUAAGGGCUUCAACAAGACCGCCCGGAUGGCUUACUCCGAGGUCGAAACGGAGCCAACUGGGUUAGGCGACGUCAUGACGGCCAGCAUUCGUUUUGCGCGAAUUGCUCUAGCAUAUCUCAAAUACUCACCCAGAACGAAAGCGAAGAAGUCAAUCGUGAACCCUUACUCCACACCACAGCCUGAUUCGACGGCAUCCGAGCCGGGAAAAGACGACCGGAGUCUCACAUUCAUCACCAGUAUCGCGGCUUUCAAAGAUACACCUCUCCUACCUAUCUACCAGGCCACCCAACACUCCAUUCUAGGUCUAGUACGCAGUUUACGUACCACAAUAGAUCCCGAUCCCCAGAGAGACGGCGUACGGAUCAACGCCGUGGCGACCAAUAUCAUGGUGCCGUGUGCCAUCGCCCAAUCUGGUGGACGCAUGUCAGUCCAGCUUCCUCCCGACCGGCCUGAAGACAUUGCACAGGUGGUCGCGGGUGUCGUUGCGACCAACUCGUCCACAGCGGCCUCAACCGAGGCUGGAGGCGACACGGGCAUCACGAACGGCGGCGGGAUCUGGUACGAAAAGGGGUUCGAAAGGGGCGUGCGCGAACGCUAUUUGCACGGUCGAGUGAUUUACAGUGUGGGUGUCCUUUGUUGGGAUGUUCAAGAGGGUUUGGAUCGAAGUGAACCUGUGUGGAUAGGUGCGAGGCCGAGCGAGGCGCUAGCAAAGGGGAUGGGCGGACUGAAUUUGACUGCAGGAGGAACUGGUGCUAGUGCUGGUGCUGGUGCUGGCGGUAGUUGGAUCUUGGAUCUCUCUUGA